UCGUCGUCUCCUACCUCUCUGUUUCUGAAACUUUUAUUUUCUCUCUCUCUCUCUCUCUAUCUAUCUAUGAGACAACAACAACAACAACACUUAUCACAUUCAUUCACUUGCUUCAUUCUUUGACAUCGCUGAGAUCCCCAUCUUUCCCUUUUUCUCUCUCCUUUCCCAUGCAUUGUUCAGAACAUAUAUGAUCCUCCUCCACCAUUGAAGAAGGUCAGGUCAUUGCUCUGAAUCUUCUUCCGGAGAGAAACCAUUAGGGAAAUUUGGGGAUUCAUUACCGAUCACUACUUCAAAAGGUAUCUUCUUCUUUUUUUUUGACCGUACAAAAAUGUUAAAGCCUUUGAUACGGGAACCUGACUGUGUCACCACCGAUAAGCCAGAUAGUAUUAUAAUUAAUGUGGAUCAUGGAUCACCAAUUACACCGCUUCAGACUCGUUCCACCUCUACGGCUACCACUAGUAGUGGAAGUUGUAGUUCUAGCUCCUCUGGAUCGGUUACGGGUCAUGCUGGACAUACAAGAAAACCCAGUUCGGAUCGGCCCGUUUCGUCCUCAGCCGAUCAAUCCUCUAAGUCGAACAAAGCUCAAUCCUUUAAGUCGUCUAACACACCCUCCGCCGCUAAAUCUAGUACUCCCUCCGCCAUACAAUCAAAGUCCAGUAAUGGCUCCUCCGCCGCUCAGUUUGGGUCUAGUAGUCCUGCCCGCGCUCAAUCUCGUUCAAGCAGCCAAGUUGGCGUUAAGACAGGAUGCCCAAAGACCACAACUGGGAAUAUAAGACCAUCGAGCUCUGUUUCGAGUACAACAAGAACAAAACCAUCGGUUAAAAGCUCUAGUGCGUUGCAACAGCAUGUCCAAAUACUUCCCGGCGGGAACCUUUUCCCGUCGGGGAAGGUACAGAUUACAGGCAUGACUCAAGAGAAACCAAGAAGCAUGGCUCUUGGGCCAGGUAGUGCUAAGUCAUACGGGUACGGUAGCAUAAUCCCAGGAAACAACUUAUCUCCGGUGAAGCCAACGAGGACGUCUGGUUCUUCUUCUUCUUCCUCUGUUUUGCCUUUAGCUAUACGCAGCUCUAGCGACGCGGAGAUACCGUGGAAGGUUGCUUUAUACAGUUCGAAUUCAGAAGAGGUAAAGAGAAUUGGAAACGAUAUGUUCAAGAAAGGUUGUUUCACUGAGGCUUUGAAGUUGUACGAUCGAGCAAUAGAGUUAUCACCAAGUAAUGCGACUUACCAUAGCAAUCGAGCAGCUGCAUUGUCUAGUUUGGGUCAGAUUGGUGAAGCUGUGAAUGAGUGUGAAAAAGCUAUUAAGUUGGAUCCAAAAUUUGCAAGGGCUCAUCACCGUUUAGCCUUCUUGCUUCUUAGAUUAGGUUAUGUCGAUAGUGCAGGGAUACACUUUUAUUCAGUGGCAGAACCAUCAGAUCCCAAGGUGGUGAAGAUGCUUCAACAAAUAGAUAGACACUUGAACAAAUGCACAUAUGCAAGAAGACGAGGUGAAUGGAAUAUAGUUUUGACAGAAGUAAGUGCAGCCAUGGCGUCUGGAGCUGAUUCUUCUCCUCAGCUAGCUAUGUGUAAAGUUGAAGCACUACUGAAACUCCUACGGCUUGAUGAUGCUCAAAGAGAACUAGAAUUUGUCCCCAAAGUAGAACCACUCCCGGUCUCUUACGCACAGACUCGGUUUUUCGAUAUGAUAUGUGAAGCUUACACAUAUUUUGUCAAAUCCCAAAUGGAGUUGGCUCUAGGGAGGUUUGAAAAUGCAGUUACGACUGCAGAGAAAGCUUCAGAGAUGGAUCCACAAAACUAUGAAGUUGAAACGUUGUAUAGAAAUGUUAGAUCAAUUACUAGGGCGCGUGAUCGUGGUAACGAUCUUUAUGAAUUAGAAAGAUACACUGAAGCAAGCUCAGCUUAUGGGGAAGGCCUUAAAUAUGAUCCAUCCAAUGCUACUCUAUUAUGUCAUAGAGCAGAUUGUUUCUUUAAAGUUGGGAUGUGGGAGAGUUCGAUCGAAGAUUGUAACCAUGCAUUGCUCAUUCUACCGAGAUACACAAAGCCUCGUCUUCAAAGGGCUGCUUCAUAUAGCAAGUUGGAAAGAUGGGCUGAAGCAGUGAGCGACUAUGAGACCUUAAGAAAGGAACUGCCUUAUGACAAGCAAUUGGCUGAGUCUUUGUUUCACGCUCAAGUUGCAUUGAAGAAAUCUCGCGGUGAAGUAGUUCUAAACAUGGAGUUUGGAGGUGAAGUUGAGGAAAUAUCUAGUCUUGAAGAGUUAAAAGCUGCAUUAACCCGUCCUGGAGUUUCCAUUGUACACUUUUUUAGAGCCUCUGAUCCACAAUGCAAGGAGAUGUCUAUUUUCAUGGACGCAUUAUGUGUUCGUUACCCAUCUUUACAUUUCCUCAAGGUGGAGAUUGUAAAGUGUCCAGCAGUAGGUGAUGCAGAGAGAGUGAGAGUUGUGCCAACAUUCAAGAUUUACAAACUUGGGAUUCGGAUGAAAGAGAUUGUGUGUCCAAGCAAGGAAGCACUAGAGAAAACAGUGAGACACUAUGGCCUUUAGCAAAACUCAAAACAAGAUAAUGUUCACUCAAAAGAAGAAAAAAAAAGAUCACUUCUGAUUUACUUCUGAUUUGAUUCAUUCAUUGCUCUGUUAGGUUUAGGAAGGAAUUUAAAAGAGAGAUUAGUCCCUUUGUACAUAGAGAAAAUUUUGGCUACUUAGGUGAUGAAACCAUAUAAAAUAAGCAGAGACAGAACAUCAUUCAUUCAUGUUGUCAACACAUUUUUUCCAUCAAUAAAAUUUCUUCUUCUU